AUUUGUUUUUACUCAGGGUACCUUGGAUAAGCGAGCCCUGCUAAAAAGCAUCCUUCCAAUUCUUAGUAAGUGAAUGAGCAAGUUCUACCAUGGAAAUAAUGUAUAGUGUUAACCAUUAUAUGUUUUAAAAUCUGUAUAGGUCAAAAUAGACAAUUACAGCGAAUAGUAGCGGAGCACCGUGAAAUCCUUCUGAGUUGUGAUCGACCUCAUUGACACUAAUACGUCGCCUACUUUCUGAGUUACUGGAGUUUCAUAAAAUAAUAAAUAAAUAAAAAUAAUUACAUCAAUUACCUGGCGUUGAGCUUGCUACUGCCACUAAACCAUGCCAGCGUGUACAGACACUGAAUAUGUCAAUCGCACAUACUACCGCCAUCUCAAGUCGAAGGCCAAACGAGAUAGUCACGGCUCUGACGAACAACAGGUUGAUUUGAGCUCGGCUGUCAUCACCGUCAAUCCAGGCAAAUCACGCAAUCCACUGCAUCGCCAUGCCGGCUACAGCAUAGAUCUAAGCGGACAUGAUAUUGCUCACAUUAUGCCAAUACCACCUUUGUCGAAAGUCAGCACGUCUAAAAUGUUCAUCAACCCAUCGUUAUCCACCCUUACACACUUGAAGCUUUCCAACAACUUGCUGAGUUCUAUCCCAGACAAUAUUGGGUCCCUGGAAACUUUGGUACAUUUGGAUAUCUCUCAUAACCGCAUACGGAGUUUACCAAAAUCCAUUCGAUCACUUUCCAAUCUCACGGUACUGCAGGCUAGAAACAACCUUCUGAGAGAACUUCCACAAGAAAUUGGGCAACUUUCCUCGCUAUCGGUACUCGACAUAUCGCAUAACCGCAUCACCGUUCUACCAGCCGAAAUUCUACGCUUAGGUAACCUUUGUCAUUUGAUUACUACUCGAUGUCCGCUCCUGUCUGCUACACCAAAACCGCAUAUGGCCCGAACCCUCAGUCUGCUUGAAACCUGUGCCAGAACCGUCGUCCGUCACCGUAUACCCCUCGAUGCAGACCUUCCAUCCCAUGUUAAAUCAUAUGUGGCAUCAGCGAAGGAGUGUAGCAUGUGUUGCAAGCCAUGCUACGAAGGAGCGAUUGAUAAAUACAUGCUGCAUGAGAGGCAACCACCUAACCAGGUUAUUCCUGUGAAAUACACGUUAUGUUGCGCACAUUGGAAUCAAGCAGAAGAGAUCGUGUUGUCCAUGUUCUCUACAGCAUCCUCGCCUAGCUUACAUCAUUACAUUGCGGAGAAUGGUCUCAGUGACCAAGAGAAUCACACAACACCCAUGAUUGGAGAGCCGGCCUCUACCAACCAUCGUGCAUCGCUUGUCAGCCCAAUGGUGCAUCAACGGUCUCAUUCCAAACGAUCACUGUGGCAACAGACGGCAAAAUUAUGGAAUCGUCCCAUCAGUCGAUAACCAAGAAAACAAAGUCAACCGCUUGUAAAUAUAGACAAAUAAAAAAAAAAUUGAACAUGC